AUGGCAAGUGAUGGGAAGAAGAAAGAGCUGUUAAAGGGCCCAUUGGAGAAAUCACAGCAGCUAUGUCCCAAGGCGCCGGCGUCCAGGAACACCCUCUUCUUCGCCCAACCACAGGCUCACGACCAGCGCGUAACCGUUUUCGACUCCAGCAUUACACCUGAACCCUUUCUCGACUCGGUUGUCCUCGAGAACCUCAGAAAACGACAGCAGCUAGAAGGCGAGGCAGAGGGGUCAGGCACAUCAUGA